UCAACCCCUUAACAACAGUCAACCCCCCUUUCAGUUCUGGUCUGCCCCCCAUUGCUAUGCUACUUUAGGCUUACUCUUCGGGCAGCUUCGUUCAGUUCUGGUGGUUCCAUUUAUAUAUACAGAUAUACUCGCUUUCUUCAUUCAAAGAAAUGGAUUGGGAUGGCACCAUUCGACCCUUUAUUUCACGACUAGAACCUUCUCUUAACUUCCCUUCUAACUAUAAUUAUAAUCAAUAUCCAGAAGGUGUGGAGGACAUGAACAAUCAAGGAUUUGAAGAAGCUGGCAAUGGGUUGGUUCCAGAUUUGAAUAUGAACGGCUUCAUGAACAAUGGUAAAGGUAACAACAACAAGAAGAAGAGAUUGACAAGUGAUCAGUUAGAUUCGUUGGAAAGGAGUUUCCAAGAAGAGAAUAAGUUGGAUCCCGACAGGAAAAUGAAGCUUUCCAAGGAACUUGGACUUCAACCAAGACAAAUCGCUGUCUGGUUCCAAAACAGGCGUGCUAGAUGGAAAGCUAAACAGCUUGAACACUCAUAUAAUACGCUUAAACAUGAGUAUGAUAUUAUCUCCAUUGAAAAGCAAAAGCUACAAGACGAGGUGAUGGAAUUGAAAGGAAUGCUAGUGGAACAGGCGACAAGGAACCAAGUCUCCACGGUUUACAAGGAAAUCUCCGGCGGAGAGAUCAUCGAAAGUAGCUCGAUUCGGAGCUCGAACAAGACGAGUAUAGCAGGAAACGACUAUAUCCGAUAGUUGAAUGUAACUAUAUUUUCAAUGAGGAUGAGAAUAACCCAGUUUCCACUCACUACUGGGAUAUUCAACUCCCUUCUUAUCCCUAAAACACUAGUUUAAUUAAGCACUUAAUCUUAGUUUGCUUAGUUUUUUUUAGGUUGGUCCUCGUUUCAGUACAAUUUGGAUUUUGGUUUGAAGACUUUGUUGGAGAAAUUGACGUAACAUUAAUGUAUCAAAGGCUGCAUCAGUG